AUGUUCGCUUGUAUCGGCAAUGAUACCUCUGCUGACCGAACAAACCAUCAGCAGGUGGUGAAAACAGAGGAAUACGCCGUGAUUUGGAACAGGCGAAAGGGCGAUGUCUGCCACCUGUUAGACGACCCCAUAAUUGGAAAAAUUGCAAAGGAACAUGAAAAAUCCCCAGCCCAAGUUAUUCUUCGGCACGGACUGCAGCGUAAUCUCAUCGUAAUACCAAAGAGUGUCACGCCCGAAAGGAUUCAGGAAAACAUAAAAAUUUUUGAUUUUGAAUUAACGGAAGAUGAGAUGAACAGCCUGAAUAGUCUUGACAAGGGCCAACGAUUCAUGGACCAACCAGAAAUUCGACGGCAUCCUGACUAUCCUUUUAAGGUGAAUGGAGAUAGCAUGAUGCAGGAGAAAGCCGAGAAACAGGAGACUGAUUAA